AGUAACAUCACCGCUAGCAGAAGGUUGAGUUCUCGCAACUUGCACAUCUUCAUUCGCCUCUUUCAACGUAGCUCCUUCCACGGAUACACGUAUAUAUUUGUCUUCCAUACUGACCCCCCAACAGCAGGUACCCACCCCUAGCAAUGGCGUUCCCCUUCUGGACCAACGUGCUGAACUACACGUACGCGCGCGGCUUCAUCCGCAUCCCCAUUGUGCUGGUUGUGCCGAUCCUGUUUAAUAAGUACGUCCUCUACCAGUACGAGGGUGCCUUCCAGAGCUGGAAUGCGGGCCACAACCAGAAGGAUAUCUGGAACCGCCUGCAGGCGAAGGUGGCGGCGGAGGGCGGCGCCGAGGGCGAGGUCGAGGGGGAUGCCGAGUGA